CAGAUCGGAACGCCUCAACACGUCCGUGUCCGUGACUACCCACCGUUGCCAGACCCUGCGCGGCUGCAGACCCCUCGGCCUCCCUCGAGCCUCCGUCCCCGACGUCUCUCGCGCGCUGCCAGCCUUCUGCCCGCACAUGUGCAGCCCGCCGCUCGCCUCAGCUGCCCGACGCCCCGUCUCCCUUCGCUCCGGCCGCGCAUCUCGUCGACGAUGAACCCGCUCUCGAUGCGAUGACCUCUCGUCCUGGCCCGGGAAUACAUGAGCAGUCCCGUGGCAGUGGAGUGCCGCCGCGGAAUCCGCAGGUGCGGCGGCGCCCGUCGAAGCCGCUCAACACGGCGCUUCCGCCGCCCGAGUGCAUCGAUCCCGCCCUGGAGGACGAGCGCCCUCCCGCACCCCAUGGCGCCGCCGAGCCCGCACGCCCACUGCCGCGGGGGCGGCCCCAGCUGUUCUACGCCGCCGCCCCGAGCGACGGCCUCGAGCUGCCCGCCCACGCCGCCUUCCCCUACCAGCCGACCGCGAACCUGCCCGUGCCGCCGCGCCCGGGCUCCGUCCUGCUGCGCGAUGCGGCGAGCCAGCGGCGCAUGGCUCCAGGCGGGUCGGGCGUGAAGGAGCACCCCAGCACACACCCGCCCGAGGUCGUCACCGCGCCCGUCCACUUCCCCGGCGGCCGCGCCGCUGACGUGUUUCCGUGGACCGGCACCAACCCCGAGGACACGCUGACGGAGGCGCUGGUCAAGGGCGGCAUCAGCAACAAGCCGCAGAUCAUGAACGAGACGAACACGGCCCGCCCGUCGCUGUGGUCGAACCUGAAGAACAAGUCGGGCCUGUCGACGCUGUCGACGCUGUUCGUCGCCGUGCUGGAGAAGCGCCAGCAGGCCGGCCGGCUGCAGGAGCCGAACACCUUCAAGCCUCCCCCGCGCCUGACCCUGCGCGACACUGCCAGAGAGCAGUGGCUAUACGACCUGUCGAAUCCCGCCAUCGGGCUGCGUCGUCUGAGCCGCACCAUCCCUCACGGCCUCACCGGCAAGGUGCUGUUGGAGCAGUGUCUCAACAAGAACAUACCUCUCCCGCGCGCCCUGUGGCUGGCCAAAUGCGUGGGCAUCAACGAGCUGCGCGCCCACAAGCGCAAGGGCCAGGCCGGCACCGUGACGUGGGUCCGAGGCUGGACAAGCUCGGUAGAGCAAUUUUUGGACAGCAUCCUCGCUGGCGUUGGCACUGGUGAAUGGAAGCAACGCAUGACGUACUCUCUUCAACUGGCAACAUUUCUGUACAAGGAGAGCCUGCUGGACAUGGACCACUUUCUCGACUGGAUCCUCCACAGCAUGGGAGCAUCUUCGUCCGAGCGCCUGUUCAUCUGGCUUCUUAUUGUAUCCAUUCCGGCGUACUGGCAGGGACUCACUUCAUGUCGAAUGCGUGGGAAGCGCCUGGCAGAGGCGCUGCUCAGCCACGUGACUAAGCUUUCCCAACAUGAUCCCCACGCACCGCCGUCUCGAAUGACGCACUUUCUUGAAAGCACCCUGAUCAAGCUUCUCACCAUUCGCCCUGCAUGUUUACUCCUUCCGGAUACCUGGGAUCAACAAAGUAUCACUCUCAACGCUCUUACAGAGAAGAUGAAUCAUCCUCAGAUAGUGUAUAACGUAAGGAAAUUGGACGAGCGGAAUCGCAGGCUGCAGCAAUCAUCCAAGAUUGCCCCGGCAGCUUCUAUGACAUCUGCGGCCCAGGUCUACCGCAUCUUAGACAACGUUGAUUACAUCAACAUGGUUCGCAUAGACGAGAUCUCUACCGAUUGCAUGGAGGUCAUUCAAGCCCCCGUCAAACUGGUGUCGGUGCUGCUUCAGUGGGCAUGUUCGUGUUAUCGAGAAGGCUCAUACAGGGCGUGCUUGGCAACCCGAUUGCUCCGCAGAUGGGCUCAUCUUGGUGCAGACAUGUAUGAUUGCAUUACAACAUAUCUUGAGAGUAUGAGCUGGGCUCAAAGUGGCGAUCCUCGCAAGGUUUUCAAGAUCAUUUCCGAAUUAGUACGCUCGAAGACAUUUGCAGCUGGUCGCUAUAUGCAAUGGCUCAUCGCCACUGGAUCAAUUGCGCUGAAUGUUGAUCUAUCACUGCCUGAAGCGUGGCCCGUACGUCUAAUCACGGAGAUACCUAUCAGUGGGUUACCAGACCAAGUACGCACUUUGCGUGCGACACUGCUUCGUGGGACAGCUCACUCUGCGGAUUGGGAAGAACGGCUCUUGCACCAUGCCAAGCUUGCACUUGCCCAGCAAUUACCUGUGUUGUGUGGGACAAGCUUUUCGGAUUUAGGCAGUCCUAAGCUCGAUAUUGACAACCUUGGGUCUACAGUCAGAAUUGAACUUGGCAUGUGGCUACGUCACCAAGUCGCCCAAAAUGCUGAAGUUAACGAACACGUACCCACGAAAGAUCCCGCUGUCGAAGAGACUGCUUUGGUCUCCCUCAUUACGCCGUAUGACUUCCACACAGUUCGGUCUUACCUGGAGCAGUUUGAAGAUCUUCCACUCCUCGCGGAUAUCGUCAACAUUGCAACCUCGUCACUGGACCCUAGUGUACUCGCUUCUGCCACGGAUACGAUGCAUUACCACCUGAAAGCGUUUCGCGCCAUUGGUGCCUUCGACUCCCUGUUUACGAGAGUGGUGAAUCGGUACGCCGCCAUUCGGACUAUACGAUUCCCCGAACGCGAACUGCUGCUCAGCCUAUUCAACUUGACACGAACGCUGCGGCUGGAGAAUUCACUUCUACAGCUCCUCAACUACGAUAUAAGCCGAUUGGAUCAGAAGAACUCAAUGGCCGCCUGCUCCCCAGCCUCCGACAAUAUGGGCGAGGCAAUGUGCAGUGUACCUUCUAAUCCCGAAGAGGAGAUUGAGCGCAUACUUUCAAGCGGCAAUUCUAUGGAUCAGCAGGUUAUGGCUCGUGUGCUACGCAAAAUCACCAGUAGCUUACAAGACUGUAUCAGCAAGAAUCUUUUGCAGUCUGAUAGCUAUUCUGGAUGGUUCUAUCGUCUGCGUAGCUUCGACGACUCAACCUUCGAUGUGGUCCUGAACGAGUGGGUGAAUCUUUGCUUGCUCAAUCACCAAGUCGAAGUUCUGUUUCUUGCGUUACCCACCCUUGUCGGGUCAGGCUGCAUGCCGCUUUCUGGAUUUUUGGAUAGCUUGCGAGCCUAUGUAGGCAAGACGGCACCUGGGCAGCCUGAGAUAGCCUUCCGCGUUGCUCUGGAAGGUCUUCAGAGCCUGCUUCCUUCCGAAAUCUUGGCGGGUACAUGGUCACCUCAAGACAGAUAUCGCUACCGGCUUGAGCAACACAACUUGUGCUAUGACGCAGACGCGCGUGUGCUACAGUUCAUUGGCGAACUCGUUGACCUUGGAACAUCCUUGCCAAUUCAAAAGGUCGGGCAGCAGUUGUCCGGUCUGCUAUCCUCCAGUGCCGUGCUUGACAUCUUCAAACACUACACCCUUGCAGAUGCUGCUUCUCUCUCCAAGCUUCGGACGGCAGGUCUGAAUGGAAGCCUGAGGAAACAAUACCUCAAAGUUUUGUUCAGCACAUUGCUAGAUCCUGAUCGUUCUCUCGGUCUGGCUACGAGAACUCCCGAACAGCAGAUACUUGCAGUUUUCGACAUAGCCAGCGAGUUGUCGAUGCCUUUCUGCCGAUCCAUGGUCCAGCAGAUCUUCGAGACGGACACAUCGUCGAUGGAUCAUUCAUCGGACAAUCUCUCCGCCACCUUGUUGAGCGCCAUCAAGUCCGCCCUGGAGAAAGACCAGUCGUCCGGUCUAGAGCUUCUAGCCACCCUAGAUAGUUCUCUCACGGACAAGAUACGACAACAUGCAGAACGUGAGAUUAUUGAUGCAUCAUCUUUCCUGACUACCUCAUCGUCUGAUGCGCUGGGCUUAGGGCAGACUACCCCAGCAUUGGUCCAGAAGUAUCUUGCGGUCAUCGACCUUACCGCAGGAGAGGGCUCGGAAACCGUCGACCAGUCGACUAUGUUGAUAGCAUUGGUGGAUAGAUUCAAGGGCGUGGCUCAAGCUUUGACUUCCUUGAGUGGUACUGGGAAUCCGCCGAGUCACAUCGACAACUCGACGGUGUCCGACUUGUACACAUGGACGAACGCCCUAUUCCGCGUACUACUAUCGCACAGUACUUCGCUUGUACAGAACGCAUCGCAUCAGCACCAGAGUGCUCUCAUGAUCGCUCUGAAAUCUUUGAUCGUUCAUCCGACGCUUGAAGUCUAUCCACGGAUAGCUGAACACAUCUUCGACGUAGCUGUCGUUCUGUCUGACCUCCUGUCUGACGAUGUCCGCAUCCAGCUCGCUCGUGCUGAGAGUGCAGCGUACGCUGAUGACCCUCGAUGCCUGUUCAUCGUUGGCCCUACGACGCUGCUCGAUGGCUGGCUUGUUUUGACCAAGCCCUUACAGCCCACUCAGAAUCCUGCUUCCUCACAACUGCAACCUCCCACCUCCGUUCAAAACCAGCAUCAGUUUCCGCAGAUGCCCAGCUCGACCGCUCCGACGCCUCAGCAACGAUACUUGAGCCAACAGCAGCAACGCCAACAACAGAUGCAGGCGCAACAAGCACAACAAAUGCGAAGCUACCCUCAGUACACCCAACACACACAUCCGCAAAACAAGAUGCUUCCUGCACAACUGCAACGUACGCCCUCGAACCAACCGACUCCUACACCUCUCCAACAAAUGCAGCACAUGCAGCACAUGCAAAGCCUUGCGCAACAGCGUGCGACGCAGCCGUCGCCCGUACAGUCUCAACGUCCUUCCCUAGCAGCAGGUGGACCUGGGGCUCCGACAGGCAAAUUGCCAGUAGCACAGCCAAAAGAGUUUAGACAGUUCCCCUACGCACAACCCAGAUGGGAAAUCCUGGCCGAGAGUUCCGGCAACCCCAACGCAAACGAGACGGCGAUCAACUUGAGCCUGUUCGGCGCUCGGAGAGUGUGAGCACGCUCAGACGUCUCGUCAAUUCCUUCUCGCCUCUUCAUGUUCAUUUCGACGUUUCUUUUGUUCGACGUUCUAGGGUAUUGGUUUCACAUGCAUGCAGCGUAGUGGCGUUGAUUAUUAGGAAGCUCCUCAUGACAUGCCUGCAUCGCAACGGCGUUGGGUGUUUUGACCAACUAGCAUUGAGCAGUUGUAUAUAUACGAAUCUCGGUACAGCGAAACAUGGGUACAGCGUUUCAAGUGAAGAUGCUGAAGUCGGAGGGUUAUUGAUUUGUUGCAUACGAGUACGCAGUGUCUACGGUAGAUUAAGAAGCCCGAAGGCACAUGAAACCACAG